CAAGAUAAUGUUGUCGUACACCCAGUGUGACUUCUACGUCGUUGAAACAACACGCGAUGGAUGUGAAUACGGUACUAUAAGGAAAUACAUUUUCCGUACAUUAUUUAUCAUCCAACCAGUUUAAUCUUCUCUAAGGUGACCUUUAUCAUUAAAUGAAUAUAGUGAAUGUUAGAACUAAUAGGUACUUACAGUGCACAGAAAAUUUCGUUCUUAACUAUCAAGAAGUGAGUGAACAUCAUAUGGAAAAAUUAUUUACAAAGAGGAAAUCAGGGAAUAACUUCUCUUCCCUAAAAGCACAAGGAAUUAAAUCAGUUGCAUCAAAGACACCAAACCUGCUAGCCUUCAAGAAUCUGCAAUGUGAUGCAAAAAUUAGCAAUACUGGCUUAGCGACGUCGCCAUCUUCAUCGAAUCUGAGCACUCCAUCGUUAGACAAGAUUGAUAACCGGGAUACAUCCACUUUCCAAGACGUGGAUUUGCGGAGAGAAGAUGAACGCUUAAAAACAUUCGUCAAUUGGCCUGUCCCAUUUCUAUCACCACUAAAACUAGCUCGCAACGGUUUUUAUUAUUUGGGAAAAAAUGACGAAGUUAGGUGUGCUUUUUGUAAAGUGGAGAUUAUGAGGUGGAUGGAAGGCGACGAUCCAGCCAAAGACCAUCAGCGGUGGGCGCCACAAUGCCCGCUAUUACGCAAGCAAGCCAGCGCUGGGAACGUUCUCGGGUCUACGACUUCCACCAAUGGUCGCGACGAAUGCGGUCUUCGCAUUCCACUCGCUACGCCUGGCAGACCUAGUCCCGCCCAUCCGGAGUAUGCCAACGUCGCGGCCCGGCUACGUACGUUCAAAGACUGGCCGCGUAGCAUGCCCCAAAAGCCGGAAGAUUUAGCUGAAGCCGGUUUUUAUUACACCGGCCAAGGCGACAAGACUAAGUGUUACUACUGUGACGGAGGCCUGAAAGAUUGGGAAAAAGACGAUGUACCGUGGGAGCAGCACGCUCGUUGGUUUGACCGUUGUUAUUAUGUAUACCUUGUUAAAGGACGCGAUUAUAUAAAAAAGGUUUUAGCCGAUUCGGCUGCCGCAGAUUCGGACUUGAAAGAUGCAACAGCGUCCACAUCGGAUCCGACCUCCACUGCGACGACGGCUUCUUCCACCAAUACGACUAAUUCGGAUGAAGAAGAUAAAACUGUAUCAGAUUCCAAAUUAUGUAAAAUAUGUUAUGAAGAGGAAAGAAAUGUUUGCUUCGUACCGUGCGGUCAUGUGAUAGCAUGUGCAAAAUGUGCAUUAUCUACAGAUAAAUGUCCUUUGUGUCGUGCGGAUAUUUUGAAUACUUUACGGUUAUACUUUUCUUGAGUUUACUAACGCUCGCACAUAUACGUGCUGAAACCACGUGUAAUCAAUCUCUGUGAUUUAACAUAAUUGUAGUCUUGAUGUUGAUGGUUUAGUUUCGACAGAACAAGGAGAAUUUAAUUGACCAUCAUUCUAAUAUUUGUUACUUGAGCACUACGAAAUUUAUAUUAAACCUGAUAUUGUUUUUUGCGUGCCACCUUUGCAGAACAAAAUGUGUAUAAUGUUGAAAGUAUCGGGCUUUUUAAAUUUUGCAAUAUUUUCAAUAAAUUCACUCAUUUUAAUAUAUUAAUAAAAUUCUUUAACUAUCUUACCAUAAAACACGUGAAUGUCUUGGAAAAGCUGUUGGGACUAAUUUUAAUUAUGUCAGUGGAAUGUACAACUUCGACAGGCUUUCAUAAAACCAAAUGAAAGAGCUAUUUUAGACCACAAUAUAUUAUUAAGGCAAAGUAGCAAAUAGCUUUGACCACACCUGAUUCUCGUAAAUAGGGCAGCCUGCUAUGUUUGCCUAUCCAUUGUUUUACAUAGAUUCAAAGGAGAAAUUUAGACAAAGUGCAUUUGUAACAACAUGAAAGUUAAAUGACUGUAUGAUAAUUUUAACCUAUAAUUAAUUGUCCAUAUAUAAUAAAUAGAAGCCAUGUAAAUAUCACAUAUUUCAUACUUUCCUAAGGAGCAGCAAGACAUAAAAUUUACAUGAUAAUUAUUGAAAAAAUUAAUGAGAAUAAUAUAUAAAUUAUUGAAGUGUUUUAAUUAUUUAUGAUUCAAAUUGUAAAUUUAUGUGUAAAUAUAUAUAUUUGUAAAUAAUUUCCCAUGUAAAACAUUAUUUCGAUGGCAAUUCCUAUAUUGUUCCAUUGUCAUAAUCAAUGUGUGUUAUUAUUAUUUAAAUAAAACCAAUGCGAUAAAUAAAGUAGAUAUUUCUGAAAAACACUUUGCGAGCUAACUUCAGGUUCAAGAUAGCUUGUUAAAGUCUGAUUUUAAGAAUUAAUACAUAUGUAACACAAUAAGACUGAUCCACCUGUACUAUUAUUAUAUUUCUACUUAUUUUAAGCAUUGGGAAAAGUGUUUCUUAUAUUGUAUAUUUUCACAUUAGUAAUAGAUAUUCGAUUAGACAGAUUUAAUAAUUUAAUUUGUGUUUGUGAUGUUUGUAAUGUAUAGGUAAACUAACAUUUAUUUUAAAUAAUUCCACAUUCUGUAUCAGAUUUCUAAAUAAGUCUAUUUCAUCAUUUUGUUUUCAAUACAUAAAAAUCUGAUUGGAAUUUUUCCUUGGUUAAUAGUUUCACAUUAUACUUUAAUCUAAUUGGAAAAAUCGUUGAUUGAAUUACACUUACCAUAUCCGGAUUUUAAUUAGUAGUUGAAAUGAUCGGAAACUAACUUAUAUCAGCAAUUCUAUUUCAUUAAAAUCACUAUAGUCCAUAAUGUAAAAAAAACGAUGUUUAAUUAUUUUAUAUGAUAAAUUAAGUUAUUGCUCGCGACGUAUGCUUGAUUUAAAAAAUACUGAUUUUGGUUUCUUUUUUAUGGGGUGUAAGUGUCCCAAAUAAAAACUAUGGGUCAAAGUCAACCUCACCUGCAAACGGUGCACCCUGCUAGAAAACGAACGGGGCUCUGGCGAAACUGCAACAGCAUUACAAGGUGCAUCUAUCAGGUUGGCGCUACUUGUCAAAAGGGUCCGUGGAUAUGCAAACUUCAUUAGAUAAAGUCAUUUAACGGAACUCUCCGCUUUUUAUUACACAAAAUUGUCCAUCCCGUUCAAACAUGACCGUAUUCAUCGACCAAUGCUUUUAAGAAAUACAGUUUGCGCAUGCCUUAGCAUUAUCAAUUUGCUUUUUGCCGUUAUUGUGCCACCUGUAAGGAAGUAGCCAUAGUGCAGUGGUGCCUCAUUAGCAAUAACAUAGUAAUUUUGAUUGAGUAAAAUUUUUUGUAUCAAACAUAUGUCGCAAAUAUUUUGUAAUUUGAGUAAAAAUCUGGUAGAGUUCAAUGAAAAUGUAUAAUAUAUAUAAAGACUAUCGUUAAUAAAUGUCAGUAGGUCAAAGUAAUGUAGGAUUUACAGCAAAAAAUAUUUUGUAGUUUACCUAUAUAAUUGCCAUCCUAAAAUAGUUUGGCUAUUUAGUUAAUAUCUCUAUUUAUUUCUUUCAAAUUUCAGUGGUAGAAAAAAGCCCGUCAAAAGACAAAAGCUCAAAUUACACAAUUUAUAAUAAUAAUUGUUAGAAAUAUGUAAUUACAAAAUAAAAAGAAUUUUAAUAUCAA